AUGAUGCGAAUUGAACAGCAAUAUCUAAAUUUAAACGAUGUUCGAAUGAGUCAACAAACGGAAGCGACUGUACCGCCACCGCCGGUUGUAAUUUGUCCGACGGAAGUGGACAAUGUUAAUAUAACUUUGGAGAAGAAUCAACAAUGUGCAUGCAAAGAUUGCGGCAAAUUGUUUAACUCUGUAUGGUACCUUAAACAGCAUGCCGUAAAACAUUCCAAUGAUCGACCGUUCAGAUGCAAAUUUUGCUAUAAGACUUAUAAAUUUCGGUCAAAUCUUUAUCAGCAUAAAUGCCCAGAUCGCACUAAAAAUGGCAAUAUAUCAUUUAACAAACGUUUGAUGUAUCGUUUAACAGUGAACCAGUCUCAUCUCUUCGACACACGAGAAUUAUCGUUACAGCAAACACCGGGAAGGAUUGCUCGAACCGAUUUUGGCCAUUUUUUAAGUAAUCGACCAAACUUCGCCCUUCCAAAUGCGCCAAUUGAACAGCACACUGAACCAAUUGAUGUCCCAGUUGAAGCAAUUACAUCAGAAGAAUUGAGAGUGAAACAACAAGUUGAAUUGAGGGAGGCAAUUGCGCCAAAGCGACAUUUGGAGCAAGUUGUGAUCGAUAACUAUUUGCAAAAGAAUAAGAAUAAGCUCUACCAAUGUCGCAAAUGCAAAUUACAAUUUCCGACACGCGGUUAUCUAACUCGACACAUUGCUCAACACAACGAAUUGGAACAAAUACCAUUGCAAUGUGAAAUGUGUCCACAACGAUUUUCUGUUGAUAUGGAAUUGAGGAAGCAUAUGGAAUUACAUUCCAGAGAUUCUGGAAUAACUUGCACAAAAUGUUGCGCAUCUUUUAGGUCAAUGUUAGCAUUAAGGCGACAUCGGAAUCAAUCUCGACAAUGUUUGUCAUCAUUUAGCGGUUUUAGCAAUCAAACUAUCGAUGAGUAUGCAUACAUUGAUGCAAUAGAAGCAGAAGCGCAAAUGAGUUCCCAAAUAACAGCCGAAAGUAUAACUGAUAAUUUUGGCGGGGAAAGAUCAUUCAUUACAAGUGAUAAGAAUGGCGAUUGCGGUGGUGCCAGCAGUAGUGCUGAUUGUUAUCAACAUUUCUCAUCUAAUCUAACCAGACCAGAAGGUCACAGUAGUGAAAACGUUACAUCAAUCUAUGAAAAUGGAUCAAAACGAACGAUUACUACGGUGAAAAUUAAACUUGGUCCAACACCUAUUGUUUCAAUAACGAAGAAGAAGGAUGAUAGUAAUAAUGAUAAGCAACCAUUGAACAAAAAUAGGAUAUUAUAUCCAGAACUAAAUAAUAUGGAAGCAACAAAUUCGGAAGUGAUAUUAGAAGAGGAACCAAAAGGACGAUUAACACAGGGCAGCAAUACUUCUCAUAUUUCUACGAAUCACUAUAGCAGCUACAUUAGUUCAGAUCGCAUCAUCAGCAGUCAUCAUUCAGGAAUGAGUAGUGGUAGUAGUAGUAGCGGUGGUGGUAGUGCUACCAGUAAUAAUACACAAACAAAUGGUGGUAAUAGUGGUGGCGCUAGUGGUAGUAGUGGUGAAUCGCAUUUUGCCACUUCCACUUUUGAUGGUUUUCUAUCGAGUAAUGCUGGCAAUGAUGUUUAUGACAGUUUAAUGCUAGAAGGUGGUCGACCGCUUAUUCUACAUUCCCAUGUACAUGCUAUCAAAGUUGGAGCUGUAUCCGAGCCGGUUGUUGAUUUGAUCAGUUGUACGACUCAAUCAAUUCGCGAUGAAAUUACACUUUGUGAAACACUCUUUACUGUACGAACACACUUUCUAAGAAAAAUUGCUGUAUAUAUUGUUUAUACAACAGUGCUGCAAACAGUGGAAUUUUUCGAUUCGAUUUGCGGCGGUGGUCGUCGUGGUGGUCGCCGCGACGACGACGACAACGAUGACAAUUUCAACUGUUCUAAAACUGAUCAGCGCUUUUUUUUGCAACUCUUUUAA